AUGAUAUCCAAAGGUGGUGCUACUGCAUUGCGUGUUAUGACGUACAAUAUUCGAUAUGAUACUACUGCUGAUGGACAAAAUCAAUGGUCCAAUCGUAAAGCUAAUGUGUUUCAAUUAAUAAAAGAUCGAACACCUGAUCUAUUGGGUAUUCAAGAAGCAUUGGCAAGACAAAUGACUGAUUUACAGACAGCGUUACCUAACUAUCGUCAUUAUGGGGUAGGUCGUGAUGAUGGUAACACGAGAGGUGAAUAUUCAGCAAUAUUCUAUCGAGCAGAUCGUUUUGAUUUACUUAAAAGUGGUACAUUUUGGCUUUCACCGACACCGACUAUAGUUGGAAGUAAAGGUUGGGAUGCAGCUAUAACACGUAUAUGUAGUUGGAUACAAAUUCGUGAUAAACGAACUCAACAAGUUUUAUAUCAUUUCAAUACACAUUAUGAUCAUAAAGGUGAAAAUGCUCGUCUUCAAAGUUCUCAUUUAAUUCUAAAUCAAAUAAAAACUAUUGCUGGAACUACAACACCUGUCAUAUUCACUGGUGAUUUAAAUGCAACGCCAAAUUCAGAUCCUUAUCGUACUAUAAUUACAAAUACAGCUUUUAAAGAUUCUUAUUCUAUAUCAGAAAUUCCUCAUUGUGGUCCCAAUGGUACUUUUUCAACAUUUGAUGUUUCGAAUAAGAUGGGUGAUCGUAUUGAUUAUAUUUUUUCAACAUCACAUUUUAAAGUUCUACAACAUGGUGCUUUAACCGAUUCAAAUGAUGGUUUUUAUCCAUCCGAUCAUAUUCCAGUCUUGGCUGAAGUAAUCAUCAAAACAGACACUUCUGGAUAA